CGCCAGUGGCAUUCAGCGCACAGCAGUCUGUAGCAGUGAGGUCGGCCAUUGACGUCGGUCUUCUCCACGAGCUCAUCUAUUGGCGCCUCAUCGAAGUCUGUGCAAGUGCGGUUUGUUUUUUCCAGAACCAUCUGGGGGACUCAGGGACACGGUCGAACACCAUCCCGACCUCCGUCCGUCAGGCCAGGACAAGGGCAGGGACAUUCCGCAUAGUGCGAGCACAGCCGACGACGAUUGCUGACUUCUGAAGCUGGAUUACGCAGCUAUUGGUCGCUGCAGGCUAUGGCAGAGUGGGCGUCUCAGUUCGAGGGGGAGCACGGAGCGACAAAGCUGGUCGGAUUGGCAGUGGAUUCUCGCGGCGACGUGGCGUUGGCCGGACACGUUUUCGAAGAUGGCGGCAGCUUUGUGGACGGUCGCAGGGACGCGAUCGUCUUGAAGCUCGCCUCUGGCGACGGGUCUACUCUGUGGACCAGAAAUAUUGGUGUGCAUGGCUCGCACGACUGGAGCUCUGCUGUGGCAACAGACCGCAGCGGAAACAUCUUCGUCGGGGGGCAGACAGAUGGGAAUCUAUUCGCCCCUUGGACAGAGGGAGAUGGGCAAGACAUCUGGGUGGCGAAGCUAGAAGGAGAAGGGGGGGGGCUGUUGUGGGGAUACCAGGUUGGGUCAGCCGGGCAGGACAUGGCAUCCACGUUGACGGUGCAGAGUGGCGUUCUGGAGGGUGACGUAAUUGUUUGCGGCUCGACAACUGGAGGGUUGUUCGAAGACCCGGGGGGUGUUUUUGAGAGCAGUAGCUCUCGGGAAACGGAGGACACGGGGAACAAAGGAACGAAGGCGUUUUGCGCAAAGCUUGCGGCGUCAGAUGGGCACGUGGUGUGGGGGACGCGCUUUAAAGGGGGCUCGAACGAUGAAAUCUUGGCGGCCGCCGUGGAUCCGUUGACGGGGGACGUGUUCGCCGCGGGGUACAUUUCAGAGGCAGGCGGGAGCGACUACGUCGUGGUGAGACUAAACGGGCAUGACGGUACGGAGACAUGGCGGAGCACGGGGGGGGGGGGCUGGAUGAACAACGGCUUCACGGACACGAACGUGCGAGACUCGGCGUGCGCGCUGGCGGUGGACUGGAGGGGAGACGUGAUCAUCGCCGGCAACACCGAAGGGGCGCUUUUCAGCAGUACAUCAGCCGGACGCGACACGGACGCGUUUGUUGCCAAGCUGGACGGCGCUAACGGGACCCACGUAUGGGGCUGGCAAGGGGGCUCCGAGGUUGGGAACGACUACGCCAACGCCGUAGCGGUGGACUCCAACGGAGACGUGUACGCCUGCGGGGCGGCCCCGCGGGACCCGAUCGAUGCCCCGAGCCUAAGGAAUCUUGACGGAGAGUCCGGUGCUUUGGUCUGGGGGGAACAGUUCGGCUCAGGUGCAGACGACCAGGCCGUCGGUCUUGUGCUAGGGCCCGUGUCCUUCGCUGCGGGUGACGCUGUUGGAUCGCUGGAGCAGGAGAAAGGCGGGGGCAGCCCCCUGUACUUGACGGGAUGGACACGAGGGGCCCUGUUCUCGAAAGAGCCGGCGCGUUGGCAGGACGGGUGGGCCGUCAAACUCCCCAACCCCCCGCCGUCAACGCUCGGGGUUGCCGACACCGGUGCCUGGGAAAAGCCUUUGCCGGUGCCGAUCGGCUCGGGGGCAGCGGAGGCCCAGCAGGCUGCGGCAGAGCGGGGAGCGGUAACGGCCGGCCUUGUCGGGACCGUGACGGGGAUGUUGGUGGUGGUGUCCAUAUGCCUCUACUUCGUGCUUCGUAAGGCCAACAUGACUGGCGGAGCGCUGUCGGCACCACGCUACGACUCGGUGAAAGAUCUGGACCCGACCAAGGGCAUGUUUCGAAGACGCGGCCGCCCCAUGCUCCACGACAGCGGAGGGAAAGGUCAGGGAGGUGGCGGAAAAGCUCAGGACGGUGUGGAGCUGACGCUGCUUUCUGAAGGAGGGGAUGGCGGGCGCUCAUCCCCGCUCGCUAGCCGCAGUGGUAGCGGAGGCGGGAGCGGGGGCUCGGGGGCUAUCGGCGGAAAGAGAGAUACCAACCCGCCGCCUAGCGGGCAACAGGCAACAUUUUAUCUUUGAUGGCUUCUUUUUUUUCCUUGUCUCAUGCCGUCGUUCCCCUAUACAUGCACCUUGUUUGACUCUUUGAAAAAUCGUUUUCGGUAUUGGUGGGAGUGAUCGUGCUUGGGGUGGGUACUGUUUCUUUGGUAUACCAUCUCUUUGAUGCUAGACUUGACGUCACGCAACACGAUUGACGAAUCCGGGCGAGGGCACUCAAAACGAGAGAGACAGGGAGACCGAAUUCCACGAGAAUAGAGUCAAGUCUUGGAAAUACAGUAGUUGACUCUGGUAUUUUUCUGUCGUCCCGUGUGUUUAUUUCAGUGCUGAAACAGGAUUAGACUAAGGUGUGCGUCGGCAAGUCGAAGAGGAAAGGGGUCUUGUCCCACCGCGAGUCGCCUUGCGAAAUCCGACGACUUUCGUCGCUAGCCCGUGCCAUAGUUUUUUUACGACCAGCGCUCGGGCCCGCCCCCUGCCCCAGCACAAGGUAUGUAUAGUCUAGUCCCUUCGGGGGUGGUGAUGAUGCUGAUGAUGGUAAGGCGGCGGGCGUUCAAAGGUUUCCCGUUGUUCUCGCCGAACAGAUAGCGUAAAUUUGUGGUUUCUCGGAAGACGAAGGCUGGUCGGCGCAUCUACGACAGUGUCGCCGUAGAUCCCACCCGAUAAUUUUUAAUUUAAGGGUUUCUCCUAGUUUUGAGGCUUCUCCUUGCUAGACGAGAGGGGAGGGAAUGCCUCCACUCCCUAAAUAGUCGAAACUGUUUUCGUAUCGACCAGCUGUAUUUGUAGCACGGGUAUUUUGUGUAUCUGCGAUGCGCGGACGGGCGGAGUUACAGAUCGAAGCAAGCCCAUUGGACGGGGAACGUGCACCCCCACAACCUUUUCGUGUGAAAAAUUGAUGGAUGAGUCAGGAGGUGACCACUCUCUCGGUCAUCCAUCCGUCUCUGUGGCGAAGGUCAGCAGGGUGUUUGCUGGCAAGUGUGACCUGCGAGGCGUGUCUCGGUGCCUGCUUGCUAUUAUGAGUCUUGUUAGACGGUGAGCGGUGCGAAAGACCGCACGGCAGUAUCCCACGAAAUUGCUAUUUGUUAGUAGUAUAGUUUUUUUCUGGACGUACGUGAGAUUUUCCACGUUGCUUCGGCAGUCAAGUUUGUCGAAACUGCUAUGCAUACAUGCAUGAAAUACCUAAUCAGCUUAGCAGCAGGUAUUUGUAUGUCCGUGUUUUCAUUGGCAUGCUCUUGUUUUGCAGCCCUUUACACGGUUUGCCCCUUUCUGCUGGCGCAUUUCCCCUGUUAUUUCCCCCCCCGAAGGCUGACCAUUGGUUGAGAGACUGCUUGUGGUUCGUCGUCUUCGCUGAUCUUCUACAGUUGUGCGGCACGGCCUUGCCGCUACAUCUGGCAUUGUAGUUCGUCCUUUUCUUUUGAUCCGUCAGCGUGUCACGCCUUUUCCCCAAAAGCAAUGGUUUUAGAUUUCCCGGCUUGUGCAUCCAGAAAUUGUACCGAAAGGGGUAAGGACAGACGUCCAGAGGAAAUAGCAUGAAAAAAAAAAAAUGUGAGCUGCCGAUAUUUAUUUCGAACAUCGCGGAGCGUGUGAAACGGUGAACCGUGCCAUAACGUCUCGUUGGAAUAUUACCGUUUGACGUAUGAAAAGACUUGCUGACUCCACUUCUCCGAUCAAUUCAGACGUAAAGGCUUUCCUUGUGAGUUGCGUUUGGGAGGCAUGCGACCCCCUUGUCUUCGACCGCUGCUAUCGCGGGCUGUAGCUGCCGGAUGUACACGUGCAAGCAACGUAAAGCUGCCGAGAGAUCACAGCAUCGAAAACAAACAAAAAAGCGUGUUGCACGCUUCGAGAAAUUUACAAGUGCGUAUGUGCGAGCUGC